GGCACCAUUUAAGGGACUGGGUGAAAGAUUUUUGCUCUGGAGAAGAGCUUUUAAACACUCUUAUUAAUUGAAUAGCUCACGUAGAGAGAGUAAUUUGUGUAGUUAAUCCAAAAGCCAUUUAUAUUUGGUUUUGGAAGUAUUCUUGAGUGCUUAAAAAUAAUUUUGUCGGAAGUCUCUAUUCUUCUAGCAGAUUAGUGCUGUGUGUUUUGUGGUGACGAUGUAACACCCGUGUUAAUUGAGCCGAACACAAUGCCUUCCCUGUUACAGGAGUUUUUUUAAAAAAAUGACAAAUCCUCCUUUUCCCGCUUAUCUGUUGUUUUUUGUUUCUCUUUCUAUAUGGAAUUUAUCUGACAUGUUUAUAAUCUUCAGAAUCCAUUGCCUUGAAGUCUCUGGUUUGGCUCACAGCUUUUCUCUGAACUGAGAGGAAAGGUCAUGGUGAUAAACUAAGCUGCAAUGAUUUAUAAUAAAGAGUUAAGAGCAAAAUUGAUGUCAGAGGAUUUAGCAAAGCAGCUGGCAAGCUACAAAGCUCAACUCCAGCAAGUUGAAGCUGCAUUGUCUGGAAAUGGAGAAAAUGAAGAUUUGCUAAAAUUAAAGAAAGAUUUACAAGAAGUUAUAGAACUAACCAAAGACCUUCUGUCAACUCAGCCUUCUGAAACUCUUGCAAGUUCAGACAGUUUUGCUUCUACUCAGCCCACUCAUUCAUGGAAAGUAGGAGACAAGUGUAUGGCAAUCUGGAGUGAAGAUGGACAGUGUUAUGAAGCGGAGAUUGAGGAGAUAGAUGAAGAAAACGGUACCGCUGCAAUCACCUUUGCUGGCUAUGGCAAUGCUGAAGUGACUCCACUGUUGAACCUCAAGCCUGUAGAAGAAGGAAGGAAGGCAAAGGAGGACAGUGGCAACAAACCCAUGUCAAAAAAAGAAAUGAUUGCCCAGCAGCGUGAAUAUAAAAAGAAGAAAGCUUUGAAAAAAGCACAGAGAAUAAAAGAACUUGAGCAGGAAAGAGAGGACCAGAAGGUGAAAUGGCAGCAGUUCAACAACAGAGCCUAUUCUAAAAACAAAAAAGGCCAGGUAAAGAGAAGUAUUUUUGCUUCACCUGAGAGUGUAACUGGCAAAGUUGGAGUAGGAACUUGUGGAAUUGCUGAUAAACCCAUGACACAGUAUCAAGAUACCUCUAAAUACAAUGUCAGGCAUUUGAUGCCUCAAUAAUCAGAAAAACUGUUGGAUUUCAUCUCUGCAGGGCUUUACAUUUACCUUUUUAUCCUUAUAUUUUUCUAAAGGUAAAUUAUUUGUUAGAUGAGUAAGGAAGAUACCAUUGUCGUCAUUGUUUGACUUCAAUAGAACGAAACUUGAAGAGAUUGCAUUUGAUACCUAUUCAUUUAACUUUUUUCAUUACUACUACCAGUGUUUCCUCAAAGUUUGUUGGAUAAAGCAACUUUUCUAGAUAGAUGCUGCAUAAAUACAGCACUUAGAUGAAAUGUUGAUUUUUCCUAAUAUCAGGCCCCCACUUAAUGGAUGGUAGAUACUUUUUGUAAAGUCCUAAUUUGGAAUUUUCACAUGCUUUGAACAUGCCAUAUAUUCUAACAAUUCACUGGAACAUCAAGGCAAAAUAUCAACCUGCUAAAGAGAUCAUCUUUUCAUUUUUUUUAUCUUCAGCUUAAACCUCACUGUUGCCUAAUUAAGCCUAAAAAUAGGUUAAUUUAUAAAUGGUAAAGUGAGGUUUUUCCUUGUUUCCCAAGCCCGUUAGACCAUCUCUAAAAUUGAUCCAGCUCUUUUAUUCUUUUCAUUGGGUUUUAGUUUUGUAUAAGAAACAAUGUUUAGGACCAGCUACCUUUUCUAAUGUUUUUUUUUGUUUGUUUUGUACGUUUGCUUUCUUCUUGUGUUGAUUUUUCAUUUAUGGUAGUGGUACCAUUUUUUGGAUGUGUAAUGUUUAUAUGAGAAAACAAAAAGCUGAUGUAUAGCCCUGUAUACAGUGUAGAUACUAUUUUUGUAAAAAACCAAGGCUAAAUUAAUGAACAAGAGUACUGAAUGUUUCAUCAUUAAAAAUUUACUGUAUUUCUUGUGCAUUAAUCUGACCAUAAUUUCCCUGUAUAUUAUGUUGAUGUAGCUGAGUUUGUAAUUUUUGUUAACUAGAUCAAGAUGUCAGCAUUUCUUGGUAUAAGUGAACGUCACAGUUAUCCUGAGUUGAGUUUAAGCCAAAUAUAUGCAUAGAAAAGGGCCUUCCUAUUAAUGGAAGACGGUGAUUUUUAGGAUGUGUGUUAAUUUCAGUUUUUGUAUGUUUAACUUUUAUUAAAUAAAGUGUUUUUAAAAUCUC